CUUUGAGAGGCGGUGCCAGGUGGAUGGAUGACUGGAGUUUCCCUUGCGGUCGAAAGAUUAAUGGAAAGACUCUGUUGAUUUGGGGAAUUGUCCGUGAGACGGUCGGCUCCGGGGGAACCGUCGCACUCGGCCUGGCUGGGUUCGAAGCGAGCGCGGACGAGAAAGAAGAAGAAGACGGCGGGCGGGACGAGGAAUAAACCUGGAUACCGAAUUUGUUUCUGCACAGAACACGGAGCGGAAGAUGGGGCCUGCCCACACACACACACACACCGAGCGCCUGGUUUGAUAAGGCCACUGUACGACUACGGGGGACGCUAACAAGCUAACAGCUAGUCACAUCAACUGGAAAAAGCGGCUGCCGACCACCCGCCCAACACCCCCGGACUGCCUUCGGAUACAUGACUAUAAGCCAAUAACUAAAUAACUACCAGUCGAGUUGUUCCCUGAAUGUUGAAUAUUUGACGAGCUAGCCGAGCUAACACCCACUUUAGCCUUAGCCGAGUGUAGCAAAAGGCUCGGUUUUAAGAGUUGUUCCCCAAAAAGUGACCGUCGGGGAGAACAAAUAUAUUACGAGCCGUUUGUCGAGAAUGAUUGCGGUCAGCUAGUGGCCACCGGACAGCUUCAUCGAGCAACUGUUUAAGCAGGCGGUUGUGAGGGUUGUCGUCAAGCCGCACGAAGUCGCAAGCAAACCCACAGGAGCCCGCUUGACAGGCUGCCAUCAUGGGCAACACGCCCACCGCGAAGAAAGGCAAUGAGAUGGAGAGUGUGAAGGAGUUUCUUGCCAAAGCCAAGGAAGAUUUCCUAAAGAAAUGGGAGAAUCCAGCACAGCAAACCGCAGGAUUGGACCACUUUGAGCGAAUCAAGACUUUAGGCACAGGCUCCUUCGGCAGAGUCAUGCUGGUCAAGCACAAAGAUUCGGGCCAGCACUUUGCCAUGAAGAUACUUGACAAACAAAAGGUGGUAAAGCUGAAGCAGAUCGAGCACACGCUGAAUGAGAAACGCAUCCUGCAGGCGGUUAACUUUCCCUUCCUCGUGCAACUGGAGCAUUCUUUUAAGGACAACAGUAAUCUCUAUAUGAUAAUGGAGUACGUGCCUGGAGGCGAAAUGUUCUCCCACUUGAGGAGAAUCGGUAGAUUCAGUGAACCACACGCCCGCUUCUACGCAGCUCAGAUUGUACUGACGUUUGAGUACCUUCACUCGCUGGACCUCAUCUACAGAGAUCUGAAGCCAGAGAACCUGCUCAUUGACCAGCAAGGUUACAUCCAGGUUACAGAUUUUGGCUUUGCGAAAAGAGUGAAAGGCCGAACCUGGACGCUUUGCGGAACCCCGGAGUAUCUGGCACCAGAGAUCAUCCUCAGUAAAGGCUACAAUAAAGCUGUCGACUGGUGGGCACUGGGUGUGCUCAUAUACGAGAUGGCUGCUGGCUACCCCCCCUUCUUUGCAGACCAACCCAUACAGAUUUAUGAGAAGAUUGUAUCAGGAAAGGUUCGCUUCCCUUCGCACUUCAGCUCGGACCUGAAGGACAUGUUGAGAAACCUGCUGCAGGUGGACCUCACCAAGCGUUUCGGCAACCUCAGGAACGGAGUCAACGACAUCAAGGGCCACAAGUGGUUCGCCACCACCGACUGGAUCGCCAUCUACCAGAGAAAGGUGGAGGCGCCCUUCAUCCCCAAGUGCAGAGGCCCCGGCGACACCAGCAACUUUGACGACUACGACGAGGAGGAGAUCCGGGUGUCCAUCACGGAGAAGUGUGCCAAGGAGUUCGCCGAGUUCUAGUCCAUCGCCUCCAGACGGGAGAGGCGGGUCAAGCAGCGAGGAAAGCGCCAACAGAACCAACAGUGUUGCCUUUUUCUCAUUCCUAAUCCCAACUGUUACCCGUUCGUUCCUAAACUUGCAUCAUCACACGGUGUCGUCGGGCGUUGUUAAGGUACCCAAUCUGCCCCCCGCCCCUCCCUCUCUCUCUCUCUCUCUCUCUCUCUCGUUCUUUGAGCAGCAACUUGAUUGUCUCGUUAACCUCCCCCCGCUCUAAAGUCGACCGAGCAAUACCGAGUCCAACAGAUGUGUCUAUCGCGAUGCCAACCGGUUGGAACACUGUCAGACGAAAAGCCUCUGCGUAGAGCUUUAGAGUUGACAAAGAUUUAUCACCGUCUACGCAUUUUUGUUCGCGUUUCACAUCUGUCUUUAUUGCAGCUUUUUUAUUAUUACUACCCUACUGGUGAUUUUUUUUUUUUUUUUUAUAUUUAUGUUGAUCUGUGCUUGUGUUUACUUAUUGUUUAACAGUCAUAGUCAACACUUCUAUUAUUAUUUAAAUUCCUUACAGUACAUGUAUAUUGAUUAUAUACAGUGGCCCAUGCAAAGUCUACAUACCCCCUGCUGAACAGCUGAAUGUUAUUUGGGGUUAAUCAGACGUGUGUUUCACAUGAGUUUGAAUGUGAUUGGUUAUUUCUGAGUAAAAGCCACGACCUCGUCGGGAGCAGGGGUGUGAAGAUUUUUUAUAACCACUGUGUAUAGAGAGAGGCACUCAAAAUGAUUCAACCCCCAAUUAUAAAUGAGAUUUAUUUGCCAAUUCAUAAUGGGUGAAAUGAAGCAACACGACCAAAUGAACAUUAAAACAUCACGUUGAUCAUUCAGUAAACUUUUUGUACGUUUGCAAAUGGACUUUACCACGGGCAGCGCGGUGGAAUAUUGGUUAGCUCUGAGGUUUGGGGUUCGAAACUCUGCUUCUGUGGGUUUUCUCCAGUUACUCCAGCUUCUUCCCACAUUCCAAAAAACAUGCGUGUCAGGUUGAUUAAAGACUGGAAAUUGUGCGUAGGUGUGAAUGGUUGUUUGUCUGUGUGUGUCCUACGAUUGGCCGGCAACCAGACCAGCGUGUACCGCACCUCUGACCCGACCGAAGUCAGCUGGGUGGAUGAACUUUACGGCAGGGGUUUGAAUCCUUUUGAGUGCAACAGUUACGUGCCGGAGAACAACUUGUCUCUCAUAGCUGUGAGUACGUGAAUAAAGAUCCAUUCUGGCCCAGUUGGCAAACCUGACAGCAUCGCAAGCUUUUCUGUAUGGAUUGAAGUGGAAAAGAAAAGGGUCGAAAACAAGUUUUAGCUACUUGUGCCUGUUUUUUUCUUCUUGGGGUUUUAUUUUAAUUUUUUUCUUCUGUGUGUGUUUGCCUAAAGGCCCCGAAACUUGUAAACCCCCAACUGCUGGUGAUACACAAACGUGUCCUAUUUAGUAUGGCCCUCGGAUGACUUGACAACACCUAAAAAUGGCCGCUGCUUAGAAAUUAUUAUUUUUUUUCCUAUUGGUGUCCAAUCUUUAUUUUAGUUUGGAUGCAAGACAAUCGCAGACCAAUGCUGAGCCCUGGUUUGUGGACUCCGUGCGUUCAUGAAGGUUGUACGCUUACCGUCCUCUCUUUCGCACACACACACACACACACACACACACACACACACACACACACACACUCCGUAUGAGGUGCUAAACUUGUUUUUUUGUGUGUGUGUGUGUGUGUGUGUGUGUGCGUGCAUUACUUUUGACUACCCCCCCCAUUUUGUCAUGUUGUGGCAUGACUUGUUUUUUUUUUCCUAAACGAAUGUGAUUGAUUUCAGUGGAGGCUGAAGCCUCGUAAUGUAAUAGAGAUCAAACGCUGGAUGAAUUUCAUUUUGAAUGUCCUCAACUUGUCUGAUGGUUUCAACUGCUGUUUGGGAAAUAUGAUGGUUUUUUUUGUUUGUUGUUGUUUUUGUUUUUAGGCCACGUUAAUCCAGUGAGCGUUAGUCUCCCCACCCCACCGACCCACCCACCCUCUGAAAUAGUAAAGCUACGACAGCUAGCUUACUUACACAUCCAAUACAUGUUAUUUGUCAUUACAGCCUUUUCCACGAGUCCAAGUGUCGCAUAAAGCGUGGAUAUUGACCCAAAUCACAUUUUCAAAUACUGUGGAGCCUCCAAAGUCCAAAGAAACACCAAAUUGUUCUCAUUUCAAAACAUUUUCCCCCAAAUAGGAUGUAAUGUAGAGGUGAAUUGAUUUGUUCCAGGGGUCAAACUUUCACUGUUGAAAAACCUUACGGAAUUUCAUUACUGUACAAUAAAACCAAAAUAAAGUAAAAGUACUCAUUCUUUGACGAUGCAUAAUAGAUUUGUUGUCAGGAAUCUUCUCUAGUCAUUAGCCACUAAGCUUCCAGCUGCACUCUUAUUAGAAUCUGUUUGGUCAAUUCAAUUUUUGUAUGCAUUUCAUUGUACUGUCGUUAAGCCUAAUUGCAUACUUGCCGAAUUAAUAUCUUAAAAUUUUUGGGAAACAAAAACAACAAAUUCAACAAACGAGUCUCGUUGCCUCGAGAAUCUUCGCAAACAUAAAGACAAAAAAAUUUUAGCUAAUGUAUUGAUCUUGUGACGAGUUAAAAAUGACCUCGGGUAGUGUGCUAUUAGGCUGACAAUAUUGUGCUGAGCAGACGCUUUCCAUUGCCGCAAUGAGUUUAUUUUCUGACUUUAGGGUUAUCAUGACGCUUCUCCUCCUUGCCAUCACUGGUGCCCCUUUUUUGGACGUUGGACUUUGGGGGCGUCCGCUCAUGUGAAGACACCACCGCGUUGAAUAGAGCACAUGUAAUACGGUUCUGUUAAGGCUUCAAAGGCAGCGAUCCAUCUUCUGGAACGAUCCUUUCAUAUUGUUGCGUCCCACAUGCCUCUCGUUAUUUAGCUUAUUAUUGUUAUUAUAUUAUUAUUAUAUAUCAGAUAAACACUAAAGAAUACGUGAACAUAAUAGUUUUCUCUUGUUGUUUGCCUUCGAAUUAACGUCAAUUUUCCACGAUACAACAUAACGCUUUUUACAUCCGAGAUGUUUAGGUUCAUAUUUUCUAAUUGUAUUUUCAAAAAAAAAAAUAAUAAUCUAAAAAUAAAAAAUGGUGAAACUAGAACAUCCUUUUUUUUUUUUUUUAAGUUUCCCCCCCCCUCAUGACCUGGGUACAGUGAUUGUGUAGUUUAAUGUACCUUUUUCGGGGGAGGUCAGAGGGGAGAAUACUGUAUAUUAUUACGCCUUUACAGUCUUAACUAUCUUACCUUCUGGAGAACUUGACAGAUACCCAUAGAACACAAUGAAUAUGGUUAAAAAAAAAAAAUAUAUAUAUAUACACAUAAAAUAUUUUGCAAAAUGUAUCAUUCCAAUAAAGUUUUACUUGUUAAGACGAA